GCCGUAAGCCCAGCCUCAUGAAACGCACGAUUAGAACAAGAAACGCAGCCUGAACCUCUCUAAAGCGCGAAUAGAGCGCUUCCGACACGCUCGCGAGCUUCAGUAUGCCGCGUCGCGUCGGUACUAGUGUACAUGUGGCGUUACCGCGCUUCUAAAAAGCUUCUAAUAGGAUUCCGGUUUAAUCUCUUCGCUUGGCGCAGAUCAGGGGCGCUUGUCAGUUUAGUUUGCUCGGUUAUUGUUGUCACUCGGUCGUGUUCAGCCGCGUUUAGUUGGCUUAUUGCACGCCGACGUUGUAGAGGCGGGGUUCAUCGCUCAUAUUAUCUGUUCAUAAGGCGUGUUCUUUGUCCGCGCCGGGGUCGGGGUGUAUAAUAGUUCCGCGCAUGGGGGAAGCAGAAGUUCGCCGCUCGAGCUGACAGGUUCCGAAGAGCGCGUGUCCAAGUUGUAUCGCGACAGAUUUACACGUCGAGUGAAGACAAUGGCAGAACAGAAUGGAAAACCAGCCUUUGAUAAACCUAAGAUUGAACUACACGUGCAUCUUGAUGGUGCCAUUCGAAUAAAGACCAUUGUAGAAGUUGCAAAGCGGCGGGGAAUCACUCUACCUGCGAUCGGCGAGGAUGAAAUGAGAAACCUGGUCAUAAUGCAUAAGCCGGCCACACUCACAGAAUUCCUUGGCAAGUUCAGUCACUACAUGCAUGCCAUUGCAGGGGACAGGGAGGCCAUCAAGAGAAUAGCUUAUGAGUUUGUAGAGACAAAGGCCAAAGAGGGAGUGAUCUAUGCUGAAGCCAGAUACAGCCCUCAUCUGCUUGCCAACAAGGGAGUGGAACCUCUUCCUUGGGAUCAAAAACCAGGAGACAUCACUCCUGAUGAUGUGGUGAGCCUGGUGAACCAGGGGUUCAAUGAGGGAGAAAAGGCCUUCAAAACCAAAGUCAGGUCCAUUCUGUGCUGCAUGCGUCACAUGCCAAAUUGGUCUAUGGACAUAGUUGAGCUAUGUAAAAAGUAUCGUAAAGAUGGAGUUGUGGCAAUAGACCUAGCAGGGGAUGAGUCUAUGAACUGUGAGUCAUACCCAGGACACAAGAGAGCAUUUGAGGAAGCCGUCAGAAGUGAAAUUCACAGAACAGUGCAUGCAGGAGAAGUGGGCCCUGCUAGUGUGGUGAAGGAGGCUGUGGAGGUUCUGAAAGCAGAACGCAUUGGACAUGGAUACCACACGCUUGAAGAUCAAGCCCUGUAUAAACGACUGCUCCAACAGAACAUGCAUUUUGAGGUAUGUCCUGUCUCUAGCAGAGUGACAGGAGCCUGUGACCCAGACUUCACUAAACAUCCUCUCAUCACAUUAAAAAAGGACAACGCUAACUACUCCUUAAAUACGGAUGAUCCUACCAUCUUCAACUCCACCUUGAACUCAGACUACCAGGUGGUGCAGAAAUACAUGGAUUUCACUGAAGAGGACUUCAAGAGACUGAAUAUAAAUGCAGCCAAGUCCUGCUUUCUUCCUAAGACGGAGAAAAAGAAGCUUCUUGAACAACUCUAUGAGGCUUAUGGCAUGCUGGAAAAAACUGGCUUUUGAGCUCAGUGCUAUUAUAAACACGUUUGCAGCGAGCAGAGCCUUUCAGGACAUUUGCCUUCUCACACGAUUGUGGCUCCUUAUUCCUUAAAAACUGGAGAACUCAUACGCGCAUCUCCCAGUGAAAUUAUUUACACAAAACAAUAGACCACAGUCAACAUCUUGUUCAUUAAAAUAAUUGUUACACAUGUAAUUCAUAUUUCAUUAACCACUAUUAUAGCAUACUGGUUUUGACCAAAUGCUGUUGCCUUUAAUCUACAUAAACAGUUUAACAAGCAUUGUUAUAUCAAGUUAUAUCAAUAGCCUAAACAUGAAAUAUUGGUCUUAUUUCAUAUUUACUCAAGUCUAAGUCACUAUAAUUUCCAUCUUCUCAAUAUACGCACAGAACAUGACCAUAAUGAAAUUUUUUUAUAUGAAGCAUGUUAAGCUGUAUAAUGUAAAAGGUGCUGUGAGAAUGAAGUUAAAUAAUACCUCUACAAUUUUACAAUAGCAAUACAAAAAAGAAAAUGAUAAAUCCAAAACAUUAUGCCAGAAUAUGAUCUUAUAUCUGGUGCUUAUCUAAUGUAUAUUGUAUACAAACCUUUAGGUAAGCGUUUAUUAUUAAAUAUAUUAAAAGGUUAUUAUUAGAUGUUUGAUGAUGAAAUGCUGUGCAAAACCCCUUUAAGUUUUGUCCUUCCUUUGUUCUAACGCCAGAGGGCAUUUACCAAAAGACGGAUCAUAUAACUCAGGUUUGAAGUUAAUCAGCCUAGUGAAAAAUAAUUACAUUUUGUGUAAAAAAACAAAACAGGAACAUAUGGACUAUAUAUAUGCUGCGGGAAGGAAGGGACUGAGAGCUUGUCACUCUGUAAACGAUCAAUACAAAUACUUUCGCAUUUGAA